AUGCUCCGUGGCCAGUUAACCACGCUGCUGGGUCUGCUCAGUGGGGCCUGGCUGCCCACAGGCUCAGGGAGACCCAGAGCCCCAGCUACCCCUGCUCAGUCCUGGGCUGCUACCAAUCAGAGCCAGACUCUGGAUCCCCUGGUACCCAUCUCUGCCCUGGGUAGCUGGAAGGACUUCCUGGGCCUGCAAAACAGACGGCAGGGGACAGGUGAGCUGCAGGGAGGGCUGAGAGUGGCUGCCGGGGUGUCUUUGCCCUUGACUCCUCAGGAAGUGCUUCAGGAGACUUGUAAGGCUCUGCCUUUUGUUCAGGUGAUCUCCAGGCCUGGUUGCACAGGUGCCCGGGUCCUUAACCAUCUCUGUUUUGGCCACUGCUCCUCCUUCUACAUUCCCAGCUUGGAUCCCACCCCUGUUGUGCUCUGCAACAGCUGUGUGCCGGCUCGAAAGCGCUGGACAUCAGUGAUGCUGUGGUGUGGAGCUGGCCAGUCAGUCUCCCCUCGGCGGGUGAGGAUUGCCACCGUAUCGGUCCAGACGUGUCAGUGCCGCCCGAGGCUAUGAGAUGAGCAUCCUAGAGGAAGGCGCAGGACGCGCACCUUGGAACGAAGCAGGAGACGCAGUAGGAAGACGUGACCUGAAUGAUGUGCAUCGGUCAAGAGAUCAGAGUUGGAAGGACAGAUGGACAGGGCCAGAAGGUCUUCAUCUCGCUCCCAGAAUACUAGACAUGGUCCCCCAGUCAUGGGUUUAGACCACUAAUAGUCGUAGGAUGUGGGGUUAGGGUAUAACUCAGCGGGAGAGGGCUUGCCUAUCAUGCAUGAAGCCCUGGGUUCUUUUUGUUGUUGUUGUUGUUGUUGUUUUUCGAGACAGGGUUUCUCUGUAUAGCCCUGGCUGUCCUGGAACUCACUCUGUAGACCAGGCUGGCCUUGAACUCAGAAAUCCGCCUGCCUCUGCCUCCCAGGUGCUGGGAUUACAGGCGUGCGCCACCACCGCCCGGUGAAGAAGCCCUGGGUUCUAUUCUUAUGUGAUAUGUGGAGAAAAAUUAGCAAUAGUGUAUGAUUCGCCCUGUGUGGGUGGGAAUUCUCAUGCCACAAUCACUAACUCACGUCGUCCUCAGGGAUCAAUCCUCAGCAGUACUGCAAGGUAGAAUUUCACAGACGGGUCAUUUUACAGAUGAGGAAACCGAAGCUAUUAAGGCACUGUCACUUUUGGGGAGGAGGGACUAGGGAGAGGGUUUGAGACACAGCCCUUACGCACGCGCACACAC